AUGCCCAUCCGGACCGGUUCAGCUCAAAUGUCGAUCAAAAUGGCGAAAAUAUCCACCGCCGGAGCCAUUUCCGGUGCGCUAACUUUUUUCUCGCCGGAGUUGGGCGAGAAACUGAUAACUCAUUAUUCCUCGAGAGCUGACUUUGUCUUCUCUGCUUCCCAGAUCUCGUUCUCUUUUUAUAUUCUUCUACUUGCAUUCAUGAAUUUGCUCAGCCUCAGACCCGCUGCUCGCAGCUUUUACCCCACGACCAUCAAUUGUGGUAAUCAAAAUGGCGCCUUUGGUGUAGGAUUAUGUCCAAAACCACUCCGAGUGCGUCUAAAUCCUUUCAAAUUAUCUGUGAAUAAUGAUUUUAAGCUCUCAUUCUUUCGCAGUGGUUUGAACAAUAGAAAGAAAAUUGUUCGUAGAUUUCAACAUUUUGUGCCGUCUGCUUUAGCCGAGACUUCAUCGGCCGAUGGCCAUCCACCGUCUAAUCAUGAUGCCGAUAAAAAGCUUGCGGUGGUCGCUUGGUCUGCCACAACUCUGUUACUUGCAGUCUCAACUCGCGUGUUGCAGAAACUUGCUCUUGUCCCGAUGAAGGAGUACCCAUUUUUUCUCGCUCAAUUCAACAGUUUCACGUAUGUGGCUGUUUAUUUUACUGUGCUCUGCCUGAGAUAUCGUGCUGGUAUAACAACUGAUGAGAUGCUAGCCCUCCCAAAAUCACCCUUUAUUGCGAUUGGGUUUCUUGAAUCAAUUUCUCUUCUAUCUGCGAUGUAUGCUGGAGCCAUUCUUCCAGGACCAGCUAUACCCUUAUUGUACCAGACAUUCCUCGUGUGGCAGCUGAUUUUUUCUAGCUGCUUCUUGGGGAGAAGGUACUCUCUGAACCAGAUCUUUGGAUGCUUUCUUGUGGCAGCGGGUGUCGUAGUGGCUGUUACGAGUGGAGGAAACAAUGGUCAGAUGCUUUCUGGAAUUGGACCUUUGUGGCCAAUGGUCAUGAUUGCUUCAAGUGCAUUUCAAGCAGGUGCAUCUAUUGUUAAGGAAUCUGUAUUCAUUGGUGCCAGAACACGUCUUAAGGGAAAACCGUUGGACGUUUUCAUUGUUAGUUCCUUUGGAUCUGGAUUUCAGGCCCUUUUCAUACUCCUCCUCUUGCCAAUUUUGUCAAACUUGAAGGGCAUACCUAUAUCUGAACUGCCUUCCUACUACAAAAGUGGUGUUGGAUGCUUCUUGAACAUCGGAACCAAUACAACAGUGCCCAUUGCUAUUUUGGUUCUUUCCCUCCCACUGCCAUACCUUCCUAGAGGUGUAAACUUGAGCCCAUCCUUCCUCGCUGGGUCCAUGAUUCUUGUGGCUGGGCUCGUCUUAUACACUGCACCCUGGACUCGGAAGCACGGAUCCAAUAUUCUUUGA